UCCGGCGGCGGGAGCAGCAUGGCGGCGGUGGCGGAGGAAGGGCAGGCGGUGACCGUGAGCGCGGCCGCGCUGCCGCUCCUGGCCUUGGAGCCGCGGCUGCAGCGCGAGUUCCAGCAGAAGGUGCAGCGGGUCCGCAGCAAGCGGGCGGCCGAGGAGGAGCUGAGGCCGGGCGUGGUGUACGUGGGGCACCUCCCGCGGGGGCUGUGCGAGCCGCAGAUCAGCGCGUAUUUCCAGCAGUUCGGGACGGUGAGGCGGCUGCGGCUGUCGAGGAGCAGGAAGACUGGAGGUAGCAAAGGCUAUGCUUUUAUUGAGUUUGAGUCUGAUGACGUGGCGAAGAUUGUUGCAGACACAAUGAACAACUACCUGUUUUCUGAAAGACUGCUGAAAUGUCAGUUCAUGUCUCCUGAACGGGUCCACGAAAACCUCUUCAAAAACAGUAAUAGAAUGUUUCUGAAGCCUUCUCAGCCAGCGGUCAGGCGGUACAAUAAGAUCCGUUCACUCGUUCAGAAGGCGAAGAUGACCAAGCGGCUGCUGCGGAAGGAGAGACUUUUACGGAAGAGGCUGGCUGAGAAGGGGCUCGAUUAUGACUUCCCAGGAUUUGCUGCACAGGAGCUUUCCAUAAAGAGAAACAAAGUUAAAAAAUCCAAGAAGUCAAAACUGAAUGUUUCUUUGAGCAGCCAGGAUCCUACUCCAGUCUGUACUCCCACAGUGCUCGAGCGCCGGAAAGCUGCCCAGGUGGAUGAUGACGCAGAGGACAAAGAAGUAACUCUAAGAUUUCCCCCUGCCAGUGUUAAGAAUGCUGUGCAGAGACCAAAGAAGCAGCCAAGAAAAAGACCAAAUGUGAAGAAACAGAAAUAGACUUAAAAUUUUGAUGGCUGUAGCCAUGUUUUUCCUCAACUCAAAAACUGGUGAGGUGGAGCUUCUAGUGGUUCUGCUGCCCUGGCUCGGUUUGUCUUGGCUAGACUGUUGCAGUCUUUCCUAGGCAAGGAAUCUAUUCACAAAUCCUCCCCCUUCUGUUUAGCCAUUGGGGACCUAUGGUCUUCCCUGGCUUUUGAGGAUAUUCUCAACUUGGUGCUUGUAAGUGCCUGUGCUGUGACAUGCCUGCAGCCAUGCCAGAAGCUUCAGUUAAUUCUGUAUCUUGUCUCUAGCACUCACUGUUUUGAAAGAAAAUGUGAGGCUGUCCAUUCAAAACUUACUGAUGCGGGCUGUAUCUUACAUUUAUAAUUAAUGACUGGCUAUAUAAAAAAAAUAACCAUUUUUCAA